AUGAUUGACGACCAUCGUCAAAAGGCCGCCCUAGGUAUCGUGGUCGCAUUCACGAUUCUCGGCGGCAUUGCAGUUCUACUUCGGGUCUGGAGCCGACGGCUAUCACGAUCGGCGCUGACGAGUGAUGACUACUUAAUUGUCGUGGGAUAUAUCAUCGCCAUCUCCCAAUCUAUUACCUCGUGGUACUUCAUUAAAACCAACUAUGUCGGCAUUCACAUUUGGGACCUCCCCAAAAAUUACAAUCCCAGAUCUGGGCUGAACGUAAUGGAACUUCGCCAAUCAGCUCCUCUACAAUCCAGCCUUGACCGUGGUAAAACUCUGAUCUUGAUAUUCCUGCGACGACUUGAUUCACGCUCACAGGUGGUCAAAUACCUCAUCUGGAGCUCCUUCGCCGUGGUAAUCACCCUUUUCAUCACCGUCCUCUUCGUCGACAUUUUCCAGUGCCAGCCAGUAGAAUACGUCUACGACACGACGAUCCCUGGCGGAAAAUGCAUCGACCAAGGCGCAUUCUUCGUCUCGACGGCAGCGCUGAACCUUUUCACUGAUGUGAUGGUCCUCUCAAUCCCGAUCAUAAUCACCGCGCGACUUCAAAUGCCCCUGCAACGCAAGCUCGCAGUGUGUAUCAUCCUAUGUCUGGGUGGAGUAGCAACCGCCGUCGGGGUCUGGCGCAUCGUAAUCCUCGCCCAAGGAUUCCUCUCCCACACCCCAGGCCCAGACCCAACGUACGCAAUCGGAUUCUGCAGCUCCGCAAUCGAAGUCAACGUCGCCGUGGUAACAGCCUGUGGUCCAUCCCUGAAAGUCAUCAGCAGCAGGUUCCUCCCCAGACUCCUGGACAGCUCGCGCGGGAAAUCCAAUUACGGCGCCGGCACCGGCUCCGGCACGGGCGUUGGGUCACGCAGACUCCGCUCCAAUAUGUUCAAGUCCGCUUCACACGCCCAGCCAUCAGUAUACUCCGCCCGCGGUGCUGAUUACGAGAUGGCGGAUCCGCUGGGCGGGCCACAUGUUGAUAUUGUUGGCGAUUUUGAUAUGCGGAAGUAUAAGUGUGGGGAUAGUUCCAGUUUGAGUAGUGGUGAUGAUAAGGGGACUAUGAAGACAACUAAUAUCUCGGUCGGGUAUAGUAUGGAGCCCAGAGUGGAUGGUCGGUCGCAAGAGGGCAGACCGGCUAGCCUAGCAGACCCCAGUCUACUGAAAUUCGACUCCAUCAUCGGCGACAAAUGGGUCGGCGCAAAGAGCGGAAAGCGGUUUGAGGUACUCGACCCGGGCACCGACAAAGCCUGGGCCAGCUGCCCCGCCAACGCAGCAGAAGAUGUAUCCGCCGCCGUGGAAAACUCACAUGCAGCCUUCGAGCAAUUCCGCAAAGUCAACCCUCGCCAACGCGCCAAGUGGCUACUAGAAUGGCACAACCUGACCCUAGCGGCCCGCGACGAUCUCGCCCAGAUCGUAACCCACGAAACCGGCAAGCCGCUAGCAGAAGCAUACGGCGAGAUCGACUACUCCCUCGGCUUCCUAUGGUGGUUCGCCGGAGAAGCAGAGCGCGUACAGGGCAGCGUGUCAACAGCUGCGGCACCGAACCGCCGCAUAUUCACCAUCAAGCAGCCGAUCGGCGUAGCAGCCGCCCUCGUCCCAUGGAACUUCCCCGUUGCUAUGGUUUUACGGAAAGUUGGCGCCGCGCUAGCGGCUGGCUGCACGAUGGUUGUCAAGCCCAGUCCCGAAACGCCGAUUUCGGCGCUCGUGCUGGCGGAACUGGCCCAUCGCGCUGGUAUCCCUGCUGGUGUGCUGAAUGUGCUCACUACGGACUUGGAGAAUACCCCGGCGCUGAGCGAGGCGUUGUGUAAACACCCACUCGUUAAGAAAGUGACGUUCACGGGCUCCACACGGGUGGGUAAGUUGGUGGCUUCGCACUGUGCGCAUGGUCUUAAGAAAUUGACUCUCGAGCUCGGUGGGAAUUGUCCUUUCCUUGUUUUCGACGAUGCGAACCUCGACCAGGCGGUUGAGCAGCUGAUGUCGCUGAAAUGGCGUCAUGCGGGUCAGGCUUGUAUUACUGCGAACCGCAUCUACGUCCAGGCUGGGGUUUAUGAUCACUUCGCUGCUCUUCUGAAGGAGCGCACUGCUGCGAUAGUUGUUGGUCAUGGUGCGGUGGCUGGUACCACGAUGGGACCGUUGACGACGCCUCGGAGUAUUGACAAGGCCUCUGCGCAGGUUGAGGAUGCUCGUCGGCUGGGCGCUGAUGUUAUCUUGGGUGGUAAGGCUCUGACGUCGCAGCCAGGUUAUUUCUUCGAGCCUACUAUUCUGUCGGGAAUGACGGAGGAGAUGCUCAUCUCGCAGGAAGAAUCGUUUGCGCCUAUUGCUGCGCUGUACAGGUUCGAGACUGAGGAUCAGGCUGUCAAGCUGGCUAAUGAUACCAGCAUGGGUCUGGCCAGCUAUGCUUUCACCAAGAAUAUCGAUCGCAUGUGGCGUCUCUUGGAGAACUUGGAGGCGGGAAUGAUUGGAAUGAAUACAGGCAACUCAUCGGCGGCCGAGUCGCCUUUCGGUGGUCUUAAGGAGUCUGGUUAUGGCAAGGAGAGUGGGAAGGACGUGGCUGUCAAUGAGUACUUGAUUUUCCUCACUGCAAACUCCUCAACUCCUAAUAUUCUCGACAUGGACGACCUUACUCCGCUACGACAUCUGAUUCAGUUUCACCCACUUAUCGACCACCAUGCCCACAAUCUAUUGAACUGCGAGUCCGCCACCGACCACCACAAUUACCCAUUAGCGGCCAUCACCUCCUCGGCAGACGGUCGCGCCCUAGAAAAUGCCCGCACAAGCCUCCCCUCGCUGCGGGCGACAGCCCAACUCUCUGAGCUAUACGGCCGCCCGUGCGCAGACUGGAACGACAUCCAAUCCGCCCACGAUCAAAGCUCGCGCGAAGACUACUCCGCCUUGAUCCAAAAGUCUCUAUCAGGCACGCACGCCCUGUUACUCGACGAUUAUUUCAGCGACGACGAAGACAUCGAAUUGUCCAGCUGGCACGACAGAUUCACGGUUUCAGCGACGAAGCGGAUCGUGCAUAUCGAAGCCAUGGCCGAGUCCACAAUCCUGCAGGUAUCGAACUCGCGCAAGAACGGCGAACCAGUCUGGAACAAUUUCCGACAGCUGUUCCAAGACGCUCUCGGCACCUCCAUGGACGAUUCCAACAUCGUUGGCUUUGUAUCGGAAAUUUGCUGUCGGACCGGAUUGGACGUGGACCCAUAUUCCUCUGAUGAUACCACCCUAGGCGGGUCAUUGAUUCGGAUCCUCGAUUCUGGCACAACCAAGGCCGGCUUCGCGGUCGAUGAUAAGGAGAUCUGUGACUGGAUAGUCCAGCAGACACUGAAAGCGAUCUCGUUUAGGAAGAAAGCCGGUGUCGUGAAACCUUUGCUAUUUCACACCGGCUUGGGCGAUAGUCGGAUCAAUCUUUUGCAAGCUAACCCUGCAUGUCUGCAGCCUUUGAUCGCACAGUAUGCUGACGCAGACAUCGUGCUAUUACACUCUGGGUACCCUUACACCCGUGAGGCGGGUUAUCUGGCGUCUGCUUAUCCCAAUGUAUAUCUUGAUCUCGGGAAGGUCUUUCCCAUGGCUAGCCGAGAGGCGCAGGUGAAGAUCCUGAGAGAAAGUCUGGAGGUCGCGCCUACCAAUCGUCUGCUCUGGAGUACUGAUGGCCGGUUUCACCCGGAAUCGUUCUGGUUGGCUAAUCGACAGUUCCGCCAAGCUCUCGAGACGGUACUCGUGGAUUAUGUUCAACAUGACGACUUCACUACGUCCCAGGCUAUGCAGAUAGCCGCCGAUCUUCUGUUCUAUAACGCCAAUCGCCUUUACAGCCUCAACUUGACUGCAUCAUACACUGCGGAGUAA